CACGGUGUCUCUUCCCUUCCCUUCCCUUCCCUUCCCUUUCCCUCUCUCAUAUAUGACACCAACACCAAGAAAUAUCCAAUUAAAAUUAAAAAAAACAAUAAAAUAAAAUAAAUAAUACCCCCACUAUUAAUUCCUUGUCGAAAUGCUCAAAAUGACCUUCUUUUUGUGCAAAUUCCUCAUCUCAAAACCCCAUUUUCCAAUGAAAUAACUGUUCCAAAAUAUAUUUGUAAAAAAUCAAACUAAUUAAUUAAUUGGAGUUUAUUCAAUAUAAAAUGAGUAGAAAAGGGAAGCCAAGUUUGAGCUUGAAUAUUGAGGUAACAAUGCAGUUUUUGAAGCAAAUCGCCAUUGAUAGACCAGUUUACUUGCUUUUUGUGCCUUUAAUUUCUGUUAUUUGGGCAUUUGAGAAAUGGGUUUUCUCCAUUUCUACCUGGGUUCCUCUUGCUAUUGCUGUUUGGGCUACUUUUCAGUAUGGUAACUAUCAGCGCCGGAUCCUUGCUGAGGACUUGAACAGGAAAUGGAAGCGAGUGAUAGUAGAUACAGCGCCAAUGACUGCACUGGAGCACUGUGAGUGGUUGAACAGGUUGUUGCUAGAAGUUUGGCCUAAUUACAUUCACCCUAAGAUUUCAUCAAGGUUUUCUUACAUAGUUGAGAGACGCUUGAAGUACAAAAAACCAAAACUUGUGGAAAGGUUUGAACUCGAAGACUUUUCACUAGGUUCUUCUCCUCCAAACUUGGGUCUUCAAGGGAUGCGCUGGUCAACUGUUGGAGGUCAGAGGAUUAUGCAUACAAGUCUUGACUGGGACACCAAAGACAUGAGCAUUAUGCUGCUUGCUAAACUAGCCAAACCAUUAUAUGGAACUGCACGCAUUGUCAUAAACUACCUCCAUAUCAAGGGUGAUGUGCAGUUGAUGCCGGUGCUGGAUGGUAAAGCAAUUUUGUUUUCCUUUUUAUCUGUACCGGAGGUGAGGCUUGGAAUUGCCCUGGGAAGUGGUGGAAAUCAACUCCCUGGAAUGGAGCUGCCUGUUGUUUCUUCAUGGCUGGUCAAACUCUUGACUGACACCUUAGUUAAGACUAUGGUUGAACCUCGUCGUCGGUGUCUUGCUCUGUCAGCUGUACAGUUAGGGAAAAGGGCAGUUGGUGGCAUACUUUAUGUAACAGUAAUUGGUGCAAGCCAACUUUCUAAAAACAUACUUAAAAGAACCCCGACUACUAACACACAAGUUGGUCAGAACUAUGUCUCAGAAGAGCAUCUAUUGAAGGAUGUUAAGACAUUUGUGGAGGUAGAGAUUGAAGAAAUCACCAGGAGAACUGAUGCAAAGCCAGGCUCUAAUCCACAAUGGAAUUCAACAUUUCAUUCGGUUCUUCAUGAUAAUGCAGGAGUCCUUCGAUUCCAUCUCUAUGAAUGUUCUCCUGGCAGCGUGAAAGUUGAUCACCUAGCAACUUGUGAAAUUAAGAUUAGAUAUUGCGAUGAUGAUUCCACAAUAUUUUGGGCAAUAGGACCUAGUUCAGGAGCUAUAGUCAAGCGUGCUGAGUGUUGUGGAAAAGAAGUUGAAAUGAAUAUUCCUUUUGAGGCAGUAGACUCAGGGGAGUUGAUGGUGAAACUUGUUCUGAAGGAAUGGCAAUUCUCUGAUGGUUCACAUAGUGUCGGGUUACAUCUUGGUGCUCAUUCAUCAUUAUCUGGAUUGUCAAAUUUAAAGACUGGAAGAAAAAUUUAUGUUACUGUAAAAGAAGCUACAGAUUUUCCUGGGAAGGAUAAAAUGGGACGAUCUGAGCCUUAUGUUAAAUUGCAGUACGGGAAGGUUGUCCAGAAAACAAGGGCUGUGCCACAGACCUCAAAUCCUGUCUGGAACCAGACAUUUGAAUUUGAUGAGAUUGCAGGGGGUGAAUAUCUCAAGUUGAAAUGUCUAUAUGAAGAAACAUUCGGAGAUGAGGUCAUUGGUACUGCAACAGUUAACAUGGAAGGAUUGGAGGAGGGUUCAGUUAGAGAUGUGCCUGUUCCUCUUGAAAAAGUGACUUCUGGGGAAGUGAGGCUUCAAAUUGAAGCCGUGAGAGAGGUUUCCAAUGGUGGGCCUGGCAAUGGAUUGAUUGAGCUUGUUCUCAUUGAGGGCAAGGAUCUUGUUGCUGCUGACCUCCGGGGGACGAGUGACCCAUAUGUAAAGGUCCAGUAUGGAAAUGAAACGAGGAGAACAAAGGUUGUGUACAAAACUGUAAAUCCCACAUGGAACCAAACAUUUGAGUUUCCUGAUGAUGGAAGUCCAUUGGAAUUACAAGUGAGAGACCACAAUGCUAUAUUGUCCUCAUCAAGCAUAGGCAACUGUACAGUAGAAUAUCAGAGACUUCCUCCCAAUGAACUAUCUGACAAGUGGAUACCUCUACAAGGAGUUAAAAAGGGCGAGAUUCAUGUUCAAGUAAUAAGAAGAGUUCCAGAUCAACAGAAGCGACCCAGUUUAGAUUCUGAUUCGUUGUCAAAUAGAGCUCAUGCAAUUUCUGAUCAGAUGAAGGAAAUGCUAAUGAAGCUUGAGUCAGUAGUGGAGGGGAAGGAGGAUGAAGAAGUGUUGAGUAGUUUAAGUGAGCUACAAAGCCUAGAGGACUCGCAGGAACAAUAUAUGCUUCAGCUUGAGACAGAAAGAAUGCUUCUGCUUAACAAGAUAAACGACCUCGGUCAGGAGUUACUCAAUUCAUCUCCUAACAUUAGUCGCAGGAUUUCCUAUUAGCUCCAUCUGCUGCCUAUUGUAAGACGGACAAUACAUCUUGUGAGUUGUGGAUAAGAGGUAGGGAUAAAUAAUAUGGGAACAAUUUAUAAAUUUUUAGGAUAGGCACAAGGGAUAAUCGUGUGUAAUUAUUGGCUCUUUACUAUUACGCGAAUUCACAAAUACACAACUGUACGUUUAAGUAAACUGUACGUGUUAUUACAGUGAAGAAAGUAUUGUUUUGGUUAAGUUAUUCAUGUUUAGUAGACUUGUUGUAUAUAAACAGAA